ACCCGCCGGUCACACUGGCCGCCCUGYACUCAGUGAGGGGCGUGUGCGCGGGCCCGGCACCCGCCGGCCCCAUGUUCACCGAGCUGAGGUCCAAGCUGAGCCCCCCGCGAGGCCGCGCCGGGGCUGUGCGCGCUGGCUUAGGGGAGCGCCGCGAUGUGGACGCCACUGCUCACUUCAGCUUCUGCCGGACUCUCCUGGAGCACACAGUGUCAGCCGAAAGUAUCCCCUGCCACCUGCCUCGGACGCCAGGCACCAGCCUCACAUGGCAUGAUUCCCGUAGCCAGAGGGCUUCCAGCAGCAGGCCGAUCAAACUCCUGCAGCAGCCUGGCACAGAGACCCCCCAGGGCCGGCUGUACUCUGACCACUAUGGCCUGUACCACACAAGCCCCUCGCUGAGUGGCCUGACGCGGCCUGUGGUCCUCUGGAGCCAGCAGGACGUCUGCAAGUGGCUUAAGAAACACUGUCCCCACAACUACCUCGUCUACGUCGAGGCCUUCUCCCAGCAUGCCAUCACUGGCCGAGCUCUUCUGCGGCUAAAUGCAGAGAAGCUACAGAGGAUGGGGCUGGUGCAGGAGGCCCAGAGGCAAGAGGUGCUGCAACAGGUGCUCCGCCUGCAGGUGCGAGAGGAGGGUCGGAGCCUGCAGCUGCUCAGCCAAGCUUCCUUUGGAAACAUAUCCUAGCUGCUGCCAAGGCUUGAACCAGACCCCAGCACUGUGACCAGAGCCUACGGCCAAGGAUGARGACAAGCUGGCCCCACAGACCCUCUCGAACCCCACAGGAUACCAUGGUGGCCAAGUCCAGCCUAGUGGACAGACCUCCACCUUCAAGCACCUGUGGUUGGGCAGCCAGGCCAUGGCCUGGGCUGCUUAUCUGUGACCCCUCCUCCUGGGACAUGAGCCCACUCCCUGGCACUGCUGGCAACAUGUGGGCAGCUGCCUGGAGCCAGAGUGGGGUUCAAAUGACCCCCAGACUCCCAGGGAGUCUGUUUAUUUAUGUUCCCUUUACUGUGUGACUGUCCCCCUUUGCCUGAGUCAUGCAUCUCUGUUCACUUGUCCAGUUCCAUAUCCUCACAGCAUUGCCAGGCCAGCCACACUGUGGGACAAACUGCCUUGGCUCCCUUUGACUUGUGUUUCUCCCUGCCCCUGCCAGAACCCAGCAGGCACAACCUAUGUCCAGAGUAACAGUCAUCAGCAGGGCCAGGCAGGGACCCAUGCAGAGGACCUCGCUAAUUCUAUCGCCACCCUGGCCAAACCUGUAUCUAUUUAUGAGCACUGAGGCUGAGAGGCCCUGGUUGCCUCAGCCCCGAAGACAGAGCACAGAACAGUGAGGACAGCAGCCCUGUGCAGGCAACUCCUCACCCUGAGCCUGCUGGAGUCAGUGUGCUCUAGGCCCACUUUUGGGAAAGUCUGGUUUUAAGCAUCAUCUCUGUGUAUUUGCACUUAAGAGAACAUCUUCAAGAAACCAUCGCACUUGCUGCUUUCCCAAGAAAACCUGGAUUCAUAGGAGAGACUGUCCUGAGGACUGUGCUCCACCUCUGCCGCCAGACAUCUAAGCAACCCUUCCCUGGGUAGUCUGGGGCUGGUGCUGCCCGGCAGAGGGACAGUGAGGGCAGCCCUGGCAGCCCACAACCUCUUGCCCUCUGCCCCUUCCCACACCCACGGGGACUCUUGACAAUCUCAGGGACAGUUGAGGCUAAGCCUCCAGUCCUCUCUCUGUGACCUGAGCUGGCCUCAGGACUCAGGAUUGGUCACUGCAGGUCCUGAGUGAAUUUGGGCAACUGGCCUGAUGCCUCCCAUCCCAUGUGUCUGCACCCACAGGGAGCCUCCUUGUCAUGUCUGGCUGCCCUGAGUAUCCCCCAAAACCUUGUGCUAUCAGUCUUCAGCCAGAAGGCCCAUCUCUGCCUUUUCCCCUCCUGUCUUGCCCACCCUGUGAUCCUGUAUUGUCUUC